AUGGCUAGUUGGUCAGCUGAAAACGCCACCAAAGCUUAUCUCCAUGCCUUGAAAAUGGGUAAAAGAGAUAAGGAGCUUGAUGUAGCUGAAUUAAUAUCAGCCUUGGCUGCAGGAAACAAUGCACAACUCAUGGUGAUAGCAUCAGCUAGCAAAAUUGAUAGAUCCACCACCCUAUCAUUGGUUGCAGCUGCACAUCAAACUGGUGGCAAUGUAGUCUAUAUUUUACCUACUAAAUCCAAUCUUUGUGCAUCACAAAAUGCUCUAGGACCUUAUGCAGAUUGUGUUAAGUUUGUCAUAGGAGAUGCCAAGACCUUAUUACCAAAGGACUACAGAGGGGCAGAUUUUGUACUCGUAGAUUGUGAUAUUGAUGAAUGCAAGGAGGUGCUUAGAGCUGCACAGGAGUGUUCAAAACAUGGAAAGGGGCUUAUAGUAGGGUACAACGCCUUCCAUAAGGGAUCGUCAUGGUCUUGUGAAUUUAAGACUCGAUUUUUACACAUUGGAGAGGGGCUUCUGGUCACUAGAAUUGGCCCAACCGGUAAGGGUACUGGUGGGUGUAGCCAUGGAAAGAGAAGUACAUGGGUCACUGAGGUUGACAAGUGCACUGGUGAAGAGCAUGUUUAUAGGAUCACUUCGGCACUUCCACAACGCAAAAGAUUGAAGUUUGAGCCAUAUUUUGGUCCUCUAAGCAAAAAUAUUUGA